UUUUAAUCACAUGAUAAUCAAGAUGGCGGACAACGAUGAUACACAACAAAAUAAUAACAGAAAACCGGUAAAUGGAAUAAAUAAGCAGAAUGGAGAUUUAGAUGAAUCAUUAACUGCUUUAUUAGCUUCAUCUUUAUUAGCAACUGAACCUGAAGAAUUAAAUGAUCUUGAAGAUAUUGCUGGAGAAUAUUCAUCCUUGAGCAACACAAUAGAUGAGCUGAAUAAUUACCUAGAUAGAUGGGAGCAACGCCAUGACAACCUGAGAGCACAGAUCCGGGAGGCUCUUAGGGAAAGUCAAGAAGAAAAAUCAAAUCAAGCUACACAGAUCAAUGAGGAAAAGACCAAUGAUGCAGACUCCAACCCUAAAAAUCCUAAUGACAGUAGCCCUGACUCUAUAUGAUGUUUUUGUAGUAGAUUUUUCUUUCUGAUUUAGUGUAUAAUAAUCCAGUUCAGUAAAUGAAAGAAGUGUGUAAACAGAAACAUACUGUAUUAUAACCUGGUUUUUAGUCUCACUUGGCUGUGUAGUGUAUUGGUUGAAUCCAAUAUACAUUUGUUUGCAGAAUCUUUGAUAUCUAGCAUUCAGAAUCUAGUUUUCAAAGAGACUUUCUUGGCUGUGCAAUGUUUUGUUUAGCUGAAUAUAUAUGUCAACAAUUACCCAAGUGUAUAUUUUAAAAAUAUUUUUGCAAUUGUCCAAGAUGAUUGCAGUAAACAGUUGUAAUUUGUUAUUCAGGUAAACUUAUAUAAGCUUGAUUCAUUAAUUAUAUACCCACUGCUGUAAUGUAAUCAAGUUCUUAUUUUUAGUUUUUGACAGGUUAAUAAAUCAUAAUGGGUCUUGUUUGUAGCAGAAAAUCCUCAGAUGGUGCAAGUUGUGGAUGACUGAACAUGUACUGUCCACACAACAUCAGACUUAGAUAUAUAUAUAAUGGUGCUGGCACAAACAUAUCUGGCCAAUGGACCAGUCUCACUAUGUUGAUAUCCUUUUCAAUGUAUCAAACAAGUCUUUAUAAAUAUAAAAACCGGAAAAAAUUAUCACAUGUCCUUCCCCCCCCCCCCAAUAAGUUGGUUGUUCUGUCUUUUAACUUGAAUGGAAGCAAUUUACCAUCAAUUUGUCUUCUGGAAUAGAAUAUCUUAAUUUAAAUGGUAGUAGUGUACAAGGGCAUUUAGAAAUUAUUAUUUAGUGAUUUACUAUUUUAUGUAAUGGCAUUGUUGUAAGACUAAUUUAUGCAUCAAACAGAUUCAUACUUUGAAUUUUAUGUACAUUUGUAAAGUAUGCAUUUAGAAAUAAUAAAAUACACAAGAUGAAGCAUGUGUC